AUGGCGCCGAAAGAGCAUAUAGAAGAAAUAAGGAAAGGGAAGUUUUCAAUAGGAGCUAAAGAACCUAAUCUUUUAACUGAGGAUCUUCAUCAGGCUGUCAAGAACCUCUCAGCCGAAUUAUAUGCUAAAGAUGUUCAUUUCCUUAUGGAAAUCAUCCAGAAUGCUGAAGAUAAUGAGUAUCCGGAUGGGGUGAAACCUUCGUUGGAGUUCGUAAUGACUACUACGGAUAUCACAGCCACUGGUGCUCCUGCAACUCUUCUAGUAUGCAACAAUGAAAAGGGAUUUUCAUCGAAGAACAUUGAUUCUAUCUGCAGUGUUGGACGUUCUACUAAAAAGGGACAUAGAGAACGAGGUUACAUUGGAGAGAAAGGUAUUGGUUUUAAGAGUGUGUUUCUUAUCACUUCUCGGCCAUAUAUCUUCAGCAAUGGGUAUCAGAUAAUGUUCAGUGAAGACCCAUGUCCAGAAUGCAAUGUUGGAUAUAUAGUCCCUCAAUGGGUGGAGGAGCACCCCACAGUUGCUGAAUUACAACAAGUAUAUGGAUCUGCAAGGUCUCUUCCAACCACUAUCAUCGUUUUACCUCUGAAGCCAGAUAAAGUUCAUCCUGUGAAGCAGCAACUCUCAAGCAUACACCCUGAGGUGUUGUUGUUUCUAGCAAAAAUCAAAAGGCUUUCGGUUAGAGAAGCAAACAAAGAUCCGAAGCUCAAUACGUUGUGUGAGGUCUCAAUAUCCAGUGAGACUGAAUUUGUCUCUAGGAAGAAUGUUGAUGCUGAGUCAUACACUCUUCAUCUCUCGGCCGAGGAAAUCAGUACUUCAUCUGAAGCAGAAUGUAGCUAUUAUAUGUGGAGGCAAAGAUUUCCUGUAAAGCUGGGAAACAAAGUGGAAAGGAGAAUGGAAGUAGAGGAGUGGGUUAUCACUUUGGCACUUCCCAUUGGGCAACGUCUGAAUCGAGGGAUGAGUUUGCCUGGUAUCUAUGCUUUUUUGCCAACUGAGAUGGUUACAAAUUUUCCCUUCAUCAUCCAAGCAGAUUUUGUUUUAGCAUCGUCGAGGGAAACUAUCUUACUAGACAACAAAUGGAAUCAGGGUAUUCUUGACUGUGUGCCCUCGGCUUUUAUCAGUGCCUUUGUUUCUCUCAUCAAGUCAUCUGUUGCAGCUCCAGUAUCUACUCUUGCCAAUAUGUUCACUUUUAUACCGAUCAAUCCCUCUUCAUAUCCGAAGUUAAACACGGUGAGGGAUGCAAUUAAAUUGAAACUCAUGGAAGAGAACAUUUUGCCAUCCCAAACCAACAGCACACAGAAGUUCUUUUACAAGCCGGGGGAAGUUGGUAGACUUUUACCUGCUUUCUGGAAUAUUUUGGAGAAGGCAGAGAAGCAAGGUGUGAGCUUACAGAAUCUGUCUACCCAUGGGAAGUACGUCCUAAAUUCAGCUUUUGAUAAAAGUAUGUAUGAUAAUGUAUUGAACUUCUUGGAAGUUAAAGCAAUGGAAAAUGAAUGGUAUGCCAAGUGCAUCCGAGGUUCUAAUCUUGUCACGGGAGUAUCAGAGAAUUUAUACAUUGAGAUCCUACUCUUUCUGUUUGAUAACUGGGGUACACAUUUUCAGAAUACAGCCAUCAAGAACAUACGUCUGUUGAAAUAUAUUGGUGAAGAUGGGGUUGUUUAUUUAUUGAGCAUAGCUGAUGCAAUGUCAAAGCAGGGUAAGAAAAUAUGUUUAUCAAAAGAUUCUCACCAUGUAUCCUGGCUCAUUGAUUGGAAUAAUGAAUUCCGGUGCUCGUUGAAUUAUCAUUUUAUUCCCAAAUCUACUCAAGAGGCUUUGCAGUCAUUUCCAAGGAGGGAGACGAUAAGGACUUGGCUGAUCAGUUUGGGAGUACGUGUUUUUAACGUCUUUGAGUAUGCAGAUCUUCUUUGUUCUUCUAUUCACAGUUCCGGUAGUAAACUUGUCAUUACCUCUGCACACUUCUUGUGUCACUCGUUGCGCGGUAACUAUUUAUCUAAAGCAGAAGUGAAUAUGCUGUGCAAAAAGUUGCCAUUGGUUGACAAGUAUGGCAGUAUCACCACACAAAGAAGUGGGGUUCUUGUUCCAGCUCGUGAUAGUAACUGGUUUGCAUUGAUGGGUACAAAUCCAUGGAGAGGAAACCGUUAUGUUGAAUUAACUGAAGAUUACUUAAAAAGUGGUAAUUUUGCUGGUUCACAUACAAAAGAGAAACAACUAAUGGCAUUUUUGAAAGAACAUGUUGGAGCUUCAGAUAUCCCCCACACAUGUCCUCCUGAUGACUCUUUGCCAACUGUCGAAUCUCCUUUGACGAUAGCAAAUACUUUUCUACUGUUAGAUUGGAUUCGGAGCUUGAGGUCGCAGAGAAAGCUGGUUGAUCUAGGGAAUUUCUUGAGAUCAAUAAGAAAUGGAUGUUGGUUACAGACGUGUUUGGGUGACUCGACGAGCUAUAGCUAUCCUCCAUCAAAAUCCUUCCUCCUUACCACGUCACACGGCAGCCUACUACAAAAUGGGUCUGAGCUGGUUGAUAUUCCGAUGGUCGAUAUUCAUUUCUACGGUAGUAGAAUCAAUGAGUACAAGGAAGAGCUUAAAGCCAUUGGUGUGAUAUUCGAAUUCGGUGAAGCUUGCAAAUACAUGGGUAAGCGCCUCAUGCAUCUUGCAGCUAGCUCAAAUUUAAAAAAGUCCAACGUGUUUUCAAUCCUUAAAUUUGUAAGGCUUUUGCGACAAAAGUAUCUGCCUCUUGAUGAUUUUGUCAAGGCCAUCCAAAAAGAUAGCUGGUUAAAGACACUGAAAGGGGACAUGUCUCCAGUUGAUUCCAUUUUAUUUGAUUCAGAAUGGAAAGUUGCGGCACAAAUCAGUAGUCUUCCUGUAAUUGAUAAUGAAUAUUAUGGGAAAGAUAUUUCUGGAUUCAAAGCGGAACUUAAGUUGCUUGGAGUGAAGGUUGAAUUUCAGAAAGAUUACCAGAUUGUCGUCAACUCCUUCAAAAUGCCUCCAUCACUUACAGUGGAAGCAACUUUUUUGAUACUGGAAUGUGUUCGCCACACCAACUCAUCUACAUUUCUGAGAGUGCUUAAAGAGCAAAAAUGGUUAAAGGCUGGUGUUUUAAAAUCUCCAAGUGAGUGUUUUCUUUUCGAUGGUGAAUGGGGUUGCAUUCUGAAGGUUUUCAGCGGGUUUCCAUCAAUCACUGAACAACAUUAUGGACCAGAUAUAGUUUCUUACAAGAACGAGCUGAAAAAACUUGGGGUUGUAGUUGAUUUCGAUGAAGCAGCCAAAGUUUUUGCUGGUCAGUUUAAGCAGCAUGCAUCUUCAUCAUCAAUUACCAAGGACAAUGUUCUAUGUUUUCUUUCAUGUUGCAGGCAACUUAAGAAAGCGGCCCGUCGCUUACCAAUGGAAGUCAACAAAUGCUUACGCGAGGAGAAGUGGUUGCAGACUCGUCUAGGCAGAAGAGUACCUAAAGAAUCUAUACUGUUUCAUUCUGAUUGGGAGAUCCUCUCUUCGGUUGUUUCACUUCCUUUCAUUGAUGACAGUGAUUCAGGCUAUGGUAGGGGGAUUCUGGAGUACAGGGAUGAGCUGAAGGCAAUUGGAGUGGUUACUGAAUUCAGUUCGGGCAUGCAGUUUGUGGUUUCUGGGCUCAAUAUUCCCACUAACCCAAGUGAUAUCGCUCCGGCAAGUGCUCUUUCCCUUAUGAAUUGCAUCAAGAUGUUGUUGAAGGAGAACAAUGCUUUACCAGAAGAGUUCCUUAAGCGUGUGAACAGAAGAUGGUUGAAGACUCAUAUGGGUUACAGAGAUCCGGGAAGUUGCUUGCUGUUUGAUGCGAAAUGGAAUUCGCUAUUACAACCUGAGGAUGGGCCUUUCAUCGAUGAUGCAUUUUAUUGUUCUAAAACUGCAUUCUAUUCUAAAGAGCUCGAGGCCAUAGGGGUGACAGUAGACAAUCAACAUGGGUGCUCGCUGAUCGCCAGUCAUUUGGAGUCUCAUUCUCAGUUUACUGUCAUUUCUCGUAUCUACAGAUGUAUGUGUCAUUUCCACUGGGAGCCUAAAAAUGGAGCUCCCAAAGAGCGUGUUAAUGAAGCAUCUGGACAGAUCUUUAUUCCAAAUGGAAGCAACACGGGGCAGUGGGUGUGCCCAGAGGAUUGCGUCAUUUAUGAUAAGGACGGUCUGUUUGGCUUCCAGUUGAAUGUCUUAGAGAAGCACUACGAGAAGGACUUGCUCAAUUAUUUCUGCAGUGCAUUUGGUGUUCGUCGAUAUCCUAAUGCUGAUGAUUACUGCAAGCUUUGGAAUGGAUGGGAAAGUAAGAAAGAGAAGUUAACAACUGCGGAAUGCUGGGCUUUUUGGCUUUAUAUAGCUCGGCACUGGAAUUCGAAGACAGAGAAGCUUCUGUCAGAGAAGUUGUUGAAGUUGCCAGUGAGCAGUAAAGACUCGGGUGACAUUCUUUUAUUCGACAAGAACGCGAUAUUAAUUCCAGAUGAUUUGCAGCUGCAAGAUUGUUUAGAGAAGGCUUCUCCAGAUCCUUUAUUUGUUUGGUAUCCUAAGCCAAGUUUUCCUUCUGUGACUAAGAGUAAGCUGAAUGAAAUAUUUGCUAGCAUUGGUGUUCCGACGAUUUCUGAGUCCGUGAAGAAAGAAGGAACUUCACUGCUGGAUACUGCAGAGCUCAAGCAAAUUACUGCGAAAGGUUCUUUUAUCAAGAGAGGUCUCAUUAGAAUCAUACUUGCUUUUCUUGCAGAUCCUUCUCUUGAAAUUGAUUUCGAGAAGAGGCGUCAGAUGGUAACUUAUCUUCUUGAUCUCCUGGUCUUUGAGACUGAAGAACCAAUAACAGCAAGUUACGGCUUAAAACUGUCUACUGGUAGCACUCUAAAGGUCGAGGUCAGCCAAAUGAUUCGGUGGGAGCGAGAGAAUAUGAAGCUCUUUACUCAAAAGGUGAAUAGGUCUACAUCUGGGCAUAAGGAAAAUAUUGCAUAUGCAACCUACUUUUCUAAAGUGAUUGCUGAGGGACUCAUGUGGGAGAAAGCAGAUCAAAUUGCGGGUCUGUGUGAGCUGAUCAAACUCGGUUGGCUAUUGGACUUUGAAGAGGAUGCAAUCAAUUUCUUGUUGAAGAGCAAAAAUCUGCAGCUUUGCUACGAAGACGAAGAGUUCAUCAAGUCUGCAUUUGCAUUAGAUUAGUUGUUUGUUUAUUGUCCCAGUUAUCCUUCUACUUUGCAUUGUGUUCUCUUUUUUAAUUUCUGCUAGUUGUUCUGCUCAUGU